ACUCCGCCCCUGGCGGAGGAAGUGAGAUCAGAGGCCCCAUGUGAGCGGAUUGCAACACAUGCAGCUGCCUGGAGAGAGGGAGCCGGUGUCCUACGUCAGAGCCGCCGCCGCCGCCGCGGAGCCGCCGCCGGGGAGGAGCAGCCGCUACCGCCCAGGACUGGGCCCUUAGGGAGGAGGAGGCGAGAAGAUGGCGGACGACCCCAGUGCUGCCGAUAGGAACGUGGAGAUCUGGAAGAUCAAGAAGCUCAUUAAGAGCUUGGAGGCGGCCCGCGGCAAUGGCACGAGCAUGAUAUCGCUGAUCAUUCCUCCCAAAGACCAGAUUUCACGAGUGGCAAAAAUGUUAGCAGAUGAGUUUGGAACUGCAUCUAACAUUAAGUCACGAGUAAACCGCCUUUCAGUCCUGGGAGCCAUCACAUCUGUACAACAGAGACUCAAACUUUAUAACAAAGUACCUCCAAAUGGUCUGGUUGUUUACUGUGGAACAAUUGUAACAGAAGAAGGAAAGGAAAAGAAAGUCAACAUUGACUUUGAGCCUUUCAAACCAAUUAAUACGUCAUUGUAUUUGUGUGACAACAAGUUUCAUACAGAGGCUCUCACAGCAUUACUUUCAGAUGACAGCAAGUUUGGUUUUAUUGUAAUAGACGGCAGUGGUGCUCUUUUUGGCACACUCCAAGGAAACACCAGAGAAGUCCUGCACAAAUUCACUGUGGAUCUCCCAAAGAAACACGGCAGAGGAGGUCAGUCAGCCUUGCGUUUUGCCCGCUUACGAAUGGAAAAGCGACAUAACUAUGUUCGGAAAGUGGCAGAGACUGCUGUGCAGCUGUUUAUUUCUGGAGACAAAGUGAAUGUGGCUGGUCUGGUUUUAGCUGGAUCGGCUGACUUUAAAACCGAACUAAGUCAGUCUGACAUGUUUGAUCAGAGGUUGCAAUCAAAAGUUUUAAAAUUAGUUGAUAUAUCCUAUGGUGGUGAAAACGGAUUCAACCAAGCUAUUGAGUUGUCUACUGAAGUUCUCUCCAACGUGAAGUUCAUUCAAGAGAAGAAAUUAAUAGGGCGAUAUUUUGAUGAAAUUAGCCAGGACACAGGCAAGUACUGUUUUGGAGUUGAAGAUACACUAAAGGCUUUGGAGAUGGGAGCUGUAGAGAUUCUUAUAGUCUAUGAAAAUCUGGAUAUAAUGAGAUACGUUCUUCAUUGCCAAGGCACAGAAGAGGAGAAAAUUCUCUAUUUAACUCCAGAACAAGAGAAGGAUAAAUCUCACUUCACAGACAAAGAGACUGGACAGGAGCACGAACUGAUUGAGAGCAUGCCCCUCUUGGAAUGGUUUGCUAACAACUACAAAAAAUUUGGAGCUACACUAGAAAUUGUCACAGAUAAGUCACAAGAAGGAUCACAGUUUGUGAAAGGAUUUGGUGGAAUUGGAGGUAUCUUGCGGUACCGAGUAGAUUUCCAGGGAAUGGAAUACCAAGGAGGAGACGAUGAAUUUUUUGACCUUGAUGACUACUAGGUAGUCGACAUGGGUCCGGCAAAAUGUGCCUCACCCUCCAGCAUUCAACCCAAGGAGCAUACCCGUGGUGGAAUCCAAACAGAUCCCUGCCUUACAAUUGGAACAUUUCCAGAACUUAAUCCGUGAGCAUUGGAUACUGAAAAGAAAGUGAAACAAAACCAGACCCAACCCCACACUUUGGUUUGUCAUGGUGUCAGCGCAGCAGCCUACAACUAAGUUCCUAAAUGCCACUUUGGACUAAUUUAAAAGAAUCCCAGUUUUUACUUUUACUUGAUGGUAAAAUUGGUUGCUCUUGUAUUUUAUGAAAAAAAAAAAUGAUUUUUUUAACCUUCAUACAUAGAAGCAAAAUACUUUAACUGCUGUCAACCUUCAAAAGUUAGUAGAAGUGAGAUGACACUGGUUUGUUUCUUAUUUUGAUCGGAGAAUAACUAAAUUGCUGCAUUUCGCAGUGACCCAUUUACAUGGCAUUCUCAGCUUAGACUGCACAAGAAGAAAUAUAUGUGGUGAAAUAUUGGAACUGUUUCUCUCUUGGUCUCUGUUUAAUGUGGAAAGGGUGAGCUAAUAGGAGGCAUUUUCAGCUUCACUCCCUCACAGUGCCCCUACUCCCAGAUGGUUUCAAAGGUGCAGGUUGCAUUGCAAAGUCAAACUGAGUGCUGAACAUUGGGCCAGUGUGCUCUUGACUUCCAUCAAUUUGGAGGCACGUUUGUGCCGUCAUUUGGGAGCCCUUUGUGUCACUAGCAUUACGGAGGCUCCCUGUAAUUGCAGCGCACUUGAAACCAGUCUGGGAUGGAUGCGAUGGGGCUUCUGUGCUAUUAUUGGGAUUGGGAGAAAUAAAACAAGCAAUUUAAGUGGAACCAAAAAAAUUUUUUUUCAAAGGUGAUUUUGCUUGGAUCUAUUUUUGGUAAAGGGAGGUGGUCGUGUUUCCUUGUGUUGGAUGGCAUGAGAUUAUGUGAAUGUUUUGAUUUUUGAUUUUUUUUUUUUUUU